AUGAAACUCUUCAGUUAUAUUUUGGUUUACCGCAGGUUUCUCCUUGUAAUUUUCACUCUGCUGAUUUUACUGCCAUUGCCAGUCAUUCUCCACACCAAGGAAGCAAAAUGUGCUUACACACUUUUUGUUGUUGCCAUAUUAUGGAUAACGGAAGCUUUGCCUCUGUCGGUCACAGCUUUGCUGCCCGGUUUAAUGUUCCCACUACUUGGGAUUUUGUCUUCUCAGAAGGUGGCAUCUACUUAUUUCAAAGAUUUUCACCUACUGCUAAUUGGAGUCAUCUGUCUAGCCACAUCCAUAGAAAAAUGGAAUUUGCACAAAAGGAUUGCUCUGAGAAUGGUGAUGAUGGUGGGUGUGAACGUAGAAUGGCUGACCUUGGGCUUCAUGAUCAGCACCGCCUUCUUGUCCAUGUGGCUCAGCAACACCUCCACAACUGCCAUGGUCAUGCCCAUUGUGGAGGCUGUGGUGCAGCAGAUCAUCAGUGCUGAGGCAGAGGUUGAGGCCACUCAGAUAUCUGACGCCAGCGGUUCCACGAACCACGCCCUGGAACUUGAUGAAAGUAUUAAUGGACAAGAAACAAAUGAGAACAAAGAGAAAACAAAACCUGUUCCAGAAUACAGUAAUGAUGCAGGGAGAAUUUCAAGCAAGAUGGAUCUGGGAAAGAAUUCAGGCACAGGAACCAAAUACCGAACAAAGAAGGACCACAUGAUGUGUAAGCUAAUGUGCCUGUGCAUUGCUUACUCUUCCACCAUCGGGGGGCUGACCACGAUCACUGGGACCUCCACCAACCUGAUCUUCUCUGAGCAUUUCAAUAUGCGCUACCCUGAAUGUCGCUGCAUCAACUUUGGAUCGUGGUUUAUGCUUUCCUUCCCAGCCGCUAUUAUCAUUCUAUUCUUGUCCUGGAUUUGGCUUCAGUGGCUUUUUGUAGGAUUCAAUUUUAAGGAGAUGUUCAAAUGCGGAAAGACCAAAACUGUCAGACAAAAAGCUUGUGCUGAGGUGAUUAAACAAGAAUACCAAAAACUUGGGCCAAUAAGGUAUCAAGAAAUUGUGACCUUGGUCCUCUUCAUUGUAAUGGCCCUCUUGUGGUUCAGCCGAGAUCCUGGUUUUGUUUCCGGCUGGUCUUCCCUGUUUUCAGAGUAUCCUGGUUUUGCUACAGAUUCAACUGUUGCCUUACUUGUAGGACUCCUAUUCUUUCUUAUCCCGGCUAAGAGAUUGACAAAGACUACAGCAACAGGAGAAAUUAUUGCUUUUGAUUAUUCUCCAUUGAUUACUUGGAAAGAAUUCCAGUCAUUCAUGCCCUGGGAUAUUGCGAUUCUUGUUGGUGGAGGGUUUGCAUUGGCAGAAGGCUGUGAGGCCUCGGGACUAUCCAAGUGGAUAGCAAAUCAAUUAUCUCCUCUAGGUUCUUUACCAGGAUGGCUAAUAAUUCUCACAUCUUCUUUGCUGGUCACAUCCUUAACAGAGGUCGCCAGCAAUCCCGCUACCAUAACCCUCCUCCUCCCCAUACUGGCUCCACUGGCUGAAGCUAUUCAAAUAAACCCUCUUUAUAUUUUGAUACCUUCUACUCUGUGCACGUCAUUUUCAUUUCUCUUACCAGUAGCAAACCCACCCAAUGCCAUUGUGUUUUCAUAUGGCCAUCUAAAAGUGAUUGACAUGGUCAAAGCGGGACUUGGCAUAAAUAUUUUGGGCGUUGCUGUGGUGAUGCUUGGCAUGUUCACCUGGAUUGCACCCAUGUUUGACCUUUACACUUACCCUUCUUGGGCACCUGCAAUUAAAAAUGAGACCACGCCGUGA